AACAUAACAAGCCAUCUUCCGGUGGAAAACAAGUGUAGCCAUGUUUGAAAGUGUCCACUCGGCUGUAGCCAAGCAGCAGCCGCCUUUAAGGAAGCCUGCCCGCCCGCCCGCCAGUUGGACUCGACCGGUGCGUGUGAGCUGAAAGACGGCCACUGAAAUCUCCCCACCGUGGCGUUCCGCACCGGAGCAACCGGCUUCUUGUUUUGCUUCAUUUUUUUUACCAAGAUUCAACGAUGUGACCACAGAAGGAUGUAGCAGAACUCCGAUGGUCACCCAUCUCCCCUUACUUCACUAGAAUGUACUUGAUGACUGUACCGACUGUCGCCGCGCCUCGCACAGAAUGGAGACCAUGCGGCCCACCCGGGGGAUUUAGCCUUCCCGUCUGCUUCAAUGACUCGGACGCCGAGUUGUCCACCAGGGGUUCUCCUAUCUCGAACAAGGUCCAGAUGAUCAUUGAGAGCCUGAGGAGCUCACACUCCUCACUGGAGAUGGGCGAUGAGACUGAGGAAAAUGCGCUUUCGAGGCAGGACGGUCCUCCUCAGAACUGUAAAUCUGCUGCGGGUUCUUUUGCGGCAGCCAAGUCCAAAAGCCAUUCGACUGGUGUUCUAACCCCGAUCCAGGACAGUGACAAGAGCAGUGACACCGACAGUGAUGAUUCUGUGGACAAAGGAAUCGAGGAGGCAAUACUGGAAUACCUGAAGGAGAAGGAUGGCCACAAAUGCAAGAUGGAACUGUCGUCUAGACAGACACAAACUAUUCCUGAGGUUGUCAAAGUCAAGUCCGAAAGCGAUUCCUUUUCCGUCAUGAGCAGCCACUUCUCCAAAAGUGUCGCCCAAGCCCCCUUGGCAGGCGUCCCCUUGAAGAAGUACAUCAAACACAAGGUCAUGCUUCGAGAUCAGGAAGCCAGUCUCCUCACCCCAAACAGUCCGGCAUGCCAAGUCAAAGUGGAGAAUCUUUCUGACGACUCCAGCAGCAGUGACGACGGCAUCGAGGAGGCCAUUCAGAGGUACCAGCUGGAGAGAAUGCAGCAGCAGAUGAGAGGCGAAGCCUUCAAACCACUCGUGGAAGAGUCAGACUCUUCUAGCGAUGACGGCAUCGAGGAGGCUAUUCGCAGCUACCAGCUGGAGCAGCUCAAAGAAAAGACGUCCUUUCCUGACAGGAAGGAUAUAACAAACGCUAGCACUGAAAUCGCAAAAAAGCACAAACUCAAAAAGAAAAAGAAAAGAGCGGAGAAGGUGGUGAAGUCCGUAGAAUUGCCAUCUUCGACGGUCUUCAAGAGCUCGCUUGAUGUCGGCCAGAGAAGCAAAGGCAACGGUCUGCUGUCAUUCAGAGUCGAUGGCUUUAAAGACCAAGCUACAUCGGCGCUCCCGAAAGCCAAUACCACCGCCGAGCUCAUGUGUGCCGAAGCCAUCCUGGACAUCUCCAAAACGGUCAUGCCCGCAGCCUUCGUGUCUCAUCCCAGCGCCGGUAACUGCAUCCCGGCGGGAUCUUCGCAUGCAACUCCAGAGGAAGAAAGCCACGACAGCUCCAUCGACAGUGAAGACGGCAUCGAGCAGGAAAUUAUGAAAUUCCUCGAGCAGAAGGCGCAGUUGGUCAAACAGUCACCCGAAUGCUCUGCGCCUCGAGACGAGCCGGAGACAAUGGCGGAAAAACACAAUGUACUUCUAAAGAAACCUUCCAGAUUGUCCUUAACGCACAGACGGAAACGCAAGGACGAAAUCUGCCGGAUCGCCCUCACGACGGCGGUGGAUGAAAACGCAGAACGAGACUCAUCAAGUAAGCCUUUAGAGCUCCAUAGGGAGGAGUUGAGCCCGCUGCUUUUCUCCCAAGGAAGUCCAACACAAUCAUUGGACAAACAUAGUGGAGACAAGAGCAGUUCACUGGAUAGUGACGAAGACCUCGACACGGCGAUAAAAGACCUCCUCAAGACGAAGAAGACAAAGAGAAAGACCAAGUCAGAGCGCAACGCAAUGAAGCGCCCAAAGGAAACGGAACUGCUGCGAGCCCCGCUUACGAAAAAGGCCAAACCCGAUCCUCCAUCCAAGAUCGGUGCUAUGAAAAGGGCUGACAAGAGGAAGAGCGACUUGAAGCACAAGCCUGGAUUGGUUAAAAAGGCGGGAACUAAGCAAACCGGCAAAGGUCCAGUAGACACUCCAAGGGACAAAGACACUCUCCAGAUAAAAGAGGACAGCAGCUCGGUGAACAGUGACGACAGCAUCGAGCAGGAGAUCAGAAAGUUCCUCGCUGAGAAGGCGGAGAAGGUCUCAGAGACCACAAAGGAUGAAGAGAUACCGAGGAAUGGCACUGCUUCAUUUCGUCUAGACAUUAAGCAGGAAAAUCAGCUGGCUGAAAUUCCCAUAAAAAGUAUUUUGGGUCAACCCUCCCCUUUCACUGAAGCACAUCAGGACAAAUCUAUGCCUCAGAAGAACCCCGCCGAUGGUCCACAAUCACGCACUUUGGAGGCGGCGGAUGGGGCAGGGUCGGCAAGAUCCGAGCCGAGGCAGUCGAUCAGCCAGGUGUCCACCCAACAAACGGAGAGAGUUAAGAGCCUUUCUGGAGCUACCAUGGAUCGGUCUUACGCCGAGUCAGUCAAGUGGCGCCAGAGUUUUGGACUCCCCAUCAUUGAUCCCAAGAAUUUCAGUCGAACUCCAUUUCAUAUCAGCUCGCCCAAACACAGGACAGGGAGUCCAUCAGCGGCAUUUACUCAUCAAGGGAAAGCCACUGACCUCAGACCUUCCACCUUAGCCCCUUUUUGGUCCCCCGCAAGAGCCAGCAGCAGACCCCUCUUCUCCUGGUCUGCAGACCCGGCCGCAAAGGCGCCCGUGACGAGCCCCGUCUUGAGCUUCUUCUCCGCCAGGCAGAACCAAGGCGUGCUGCCUUCGACUUUCCAGCCGCGGCAGGCGGCGAGCACGGUGCACGUUCCCCGGGACAAGAGCGUGUUCGUGGAGCUGGAGUCCGGGAGGACCAACCACGUCCAGGUCCAGAGCGGUGAGGCCAGAGCUGACGGACAGAGUGAGAAUAGAAGCGUGAAGAUAGAAGGAGCUGAGGAGUUUAUAGAUGAGUCAGAGAGUGAAAGUCCAGGGAAGAAGCCGAGCACUUUGUCCUUGUCCAGCACCAUCGACCCCGGCAUCGUCUUCCAGCCUUGCAUCGCUCUUUCCACAGCGGAGCGCAGCGUGAUGUUCCGUCGGAAAUACAGGGAGCAAAGAAGCAGGAGGGAGGGGACGGCGGGCGAUGACCAGCAGAGGCUUCAGGUCAAAAGAAAGCUGGAGUUUGUCCCUGCAUUCAGGUAUUAGGUCUUCACCUUCAUCGUUAGACUACAGCAGGAAGCCAAAUGUUGUUCUAUCAUUCACGUUGUGCACUUUAAUGAACGACUGUUGUCUGCUUGUAGCGCCGGUUUAAAUCAUGUUUCAUUAUUGGAUGAUAUGUUCUAUUGGAGCAAAAGAAAAAAAGGGUUCAUGUUGUUGAUCAGAAUAUAUUUUUUCACUUCAUUCAUCAACCAUGUUUGUUUGCGCUCAUAAAAUUGAGCUUUUUGUCUCCAUUUUCUUUAUUGAAAAAGUGGCUUUUUUACAUUUGAGGAUUUUUGCCAUUUGUCUUCACUUCAUGUUGUCAGUCUGUUUUUGUUUUUAUAUCUUUCACUGUUCAAGACUUUGGAUAUAAUAAGAAAGGUGCU